AUGCAGUACUCCAUCGCUCUCGGCCUCGCCGCCAUGGCUGCCUCCACCAACGCCUUCAUGGUCCCCCGCGACCCUAGCAUGGCCUGGGGCUUCCCCAACGCCCGCCAGAACGCUCGUCUGGCCGCGGCCGCUGCCACUCCCGUCACUACUCCCGGCUCUGGCUCCACCCCGGUCGUCACCCCUGGCGCCACUGCCGCCGCCUCUGGCUUCCCUGCCUCUUCUGGCACCAGCCAGCUCUCCGAGCCCAUGACCGUCACUGGCAACUUCGACGGUGGCAUGAAGGCCUUCGGCCGUGGUGUCGACUGCACCGGCCAGUCUGAGGGUGGCGACAGUGACGCCGUCUUCAUGCUCGAGGAGGGCGCCACCCUCUCCAACGUCAUCAUCGCUGCCGACCAGAUCGAGGGUGUCCACUGCUUCGGUGGCUGCACGCUCAAGAACGUCUGGUGGACCGCCGUCUGCGAGGACGCCUUCACCAUCAAGGAGCAGGGCGCCUCCGACACCACCCACAUCAUCGGCGGUGGUGCCCGCGGUGCCGAGGACAAGGUCCUCCAGCACAACGGUGGCGGUACCCUCGCCGUCUCGGGCUUCCUCGUCGAGGACUUCGGCAAGUUCUACCGCAGCUGCGGCAACUGCGACGACAUGCCCGAGCGUCACAUCACCGUCGACAGUGUCACCGCCACGUCCGGCAAGGUUCUUGUCGGCAUCAACUCCAACAUGGGCGACACUGCCACCAUCUCCAACACCUGCGCCACCAGCGUCGACACCGUCUGCCAGGAGUACACCGGUGUCACCGACGGCAGCGAGCCCGAGGAGGCCGGCUCCGGCCCCAGCGAUGCUUGCAAGUACACCGAGGCUGACGCCCAGGCUUGCUAA